UCAAGUAUAAAACACUAAUAAAAACAUUGUAAACAUUGUGAAUACAACAAUCAGAAAUUACAUAGAUUAAAAUAAUAAAAUUGAAAUUAUAUUUAUUAAUAAAAUGGCACAAUUGGAUAAACAUCAGUUUAAGAAGAUUGAUCAACAAUUGUUUACUGACUCAUUUAAUUUUUGUUGGGAACUUUUGAAAAGUAAAAAAUAUUAUCUCUGUGAACGUGAGACCAAUAUAUUUUCAAGGUUGUCAUUAAAUUAUGGGCAAGACAUGUAUGACGCCAUGAUGAUAAUUAUGAACAAAAUUAUAAAAUCUAAUGAACACAAAGUUGUAGUUGAAAAGUCAAAAGUUGGAUCAAAAAAAAUUGUAACAACAGAAGCCACUCGUGAUUCAGGUUAUAAUAAUAAUUAUAAUCAAUUGAAUCAACAACAGCAACAACAACAAGUUGACAAAGUUAGCAGUCAAGACAAAAUGAUAUCGAAAAAAAAAAAAAUAUCAGUUGGUGAAGUUCAUUCCAAGAAGAUGUUUAAAGCAGAUAACAAAAAAAAUAGCUGUGAUGAUUCAAGUAAUGCUAAAAAUAUACAAAUUACUCCUUCAAAUGGGAACAAAGAUGAAAUGUUGUCAGUCACAGAAGAUUCGAUUGAUGUUAAUGAAAGACACAACUCGGACAAUCAGUCAAUUGGACUCACAAUAAAGUCAAAUAACAUUUCCAAUUCAUUUAAUAAUAAUAAUCAAAGUUACUCGAAUGAAGUCAUUGAAAAUGUUGAUUAUCAAAAGAACAUAAGAAUUCGUACUGGAUCACUUGUUGAUGAUGAUGAACUAAGCUCUACCGCAGACAAAUAUGACCUUGAUGAUAAUGAUAUUGAUGUUGUUGAUGAUGAUGAUGAUGAUGUUGAUGAUAAUAGCCUAAAUCAAAAUAAAAGUCUUAAAGAUGAAGUUAAGGUUUAUGAUUCAAUUUCUUUUGAAGAAAAAACGCGUGUAGUCAAAUUGGCAAUAGAAAAUCCCAAUUGGUCAUUAGAUUUGUUAAGAGAACAAAGUGGAUGUGAAAAUAUUAAAGAUCGCCGUCAAGUUGAAGUGUGGAAAAAUCAUAUUGAACAAGGAGGAUCUCGUCGUGAAAAAAUGAACUUUGUAAAUAACUGGGUUUUAAAUAAGUGCAUCGAGAACCAAAAAAAAGGAGAAGUAAUUACAAACAAAAAAAUUAGAACAUGGGGACUUGAAGCAAAAAAAAAUUGUAAACCUAUUAAAUUCACAGCAAGUGAUGGCUGGUUAUCAAAAUUUAAAAAAAAACAUGAAAUUACUGGUGAACCAACUAAUCUAAAGAUUAAUUGUAACUUGCAAAAAAACAAAUCAUAAUCUUCAUCAAACAUUUACGUUUCUAUGAACUAAAAGUUAAAGUCGUUAAUCUUGCAAAUGUAAAUCCACAUUAGAAUUUGAAAAGACUAAGAGAACUCUACAAUUGGAAGAAAGUUGUUUAAAAUUUCAACGAGAAAAAAGCCACUGGUCUUUUCAUUGAAAAAUUUAAUUCUGCUUCAGUGCAAUACGAAUAUAAUAUCAUAUAAUGAAAAUAAAAAUACAAGUUCAAGUGGAGACAAAGCAAAUGAGGGCAAAUUACUGACCAUUAUUUUCACUGGUUGAUAAUGAUCGUUGAGUAAUUAUUGGAUUUCAUUACAACAAAAGUUACCUAAUUUAAAAGAUACUUUUAUAAAUAAAUUUUUAAGUAAU